AUGUUUGAAGAAGUUUCAGCAAUUGCAGAAGUACUAGCGGCUCCACUAGAAGAUACUGUACCGCUGGAGGAUGCUAUAAUCGAAGACGCAACAUUCGAAGAUAGGGCACUUGAGGAUCCGAUAUUUGAAGUUGUUCCAGAAACUUCUGAGGAUAGAGGAAUACUGGAGCUAAAUGUUGCGGAUUGGGAUUCCAAAGAAGACUGUAAAGUGCUGGAUAAAACUCCAGAAGAGCUUGCGCUAGCGGAUGCGGAUGCGGAUGCUGAUUCAGAUUGA